AUGGCGCUUAUGGCGCGUCACGUGCUUUAAAAGGAACCUAUCGGACGAGAGAGUGCGAGUGAUUUGAUUUGGGAAGGAGGGUAUAAAGAGAUGUAAUCAUUGCCGCACAUUUCUGAUGCAGAAGGAUCAGGGUUUUUCCGAGUCAAGGAACAACUUUUCCAAACUUGACAUGAAACUGACCCGCAGCAUUCUGUUUAUGCUGAUCAUUGUCAACACUGCUAUGUCGCAGGAUGCUCUUUGCGGUAUGAAGAGGUCGAAGAGGGAUCCUGGCGUAGAAUGGCCCUGGCUGGGAACAAUCAUGGAGUACAACUCUGGAAAAAUUCCUGAUUUUGUUUGCAUGGGAACUCUCAUCAGUAAGAAGCACAUACUCACGUCGGCUCACUGCUUUGAUGCCAAAUCUUUGAACACACGGCGAUACUCGGUCCAGCUCGAGUCUCAGACAUCAGAUUCCGGGGACGAAUACAACGUCCACUCUAUUGACUUUCACCCAUUCUACAUCCCUGGAAGCAAGUACGCUGACCUUGCAAUCCUUACGCUACGCACUGAUGUUCCUGGCACCACGAUGCCUAUUUGCACCCCGAAUAACGCUGAAAACGUUGACAACAAACGAUCUUAUAUCGGCGAGUGGCUUCCGCGGUUCCCAGGUUCCAGGACGUACGAACUGAAAGCCGUGAGGGCCAUGACAUCGACAAAUACUGUUUGCAAAUCUCAGUAUGCUUCUCUGAAGCUGCCUGAGCUAUCGAAAGGAAUUUCACGCGCGCAGCUGUGUACAGAUCUCAGAGCGGGACAAGGCGACUGCCACAGACUGAACGGAUCCCCACUGAUGAUGUCUGACCGUACGAUGCGUUGGACCGUCGUUGCCAUCGCUGCCUAUCGCUACAACUGCGAUGACCAAAGCUAUCCAGGAGUCUACACACGAGUAGAACACUACAGGUCCUGGAUUAGAAGCAUCUUGCGCCGCUGAUGGAGUUCAGAAGAAAGAUAAUAUUUAAGCAUUGUAGUCAUUCAUUUAAUUUAUUUCAAGGUAGUGCAAGAAAGCCAGGAAGCUUUCAAACCCCGUCACAAGCCUUUAUCUCUGCUUUCUUGAGCUCAACGUACUCCUUAAUAGUUGAAUAAGGCAUUAACACUCGAAAGUUAACUUCUAUUUAAUGGUGCUAAAUAAAAAGUGGUAUCUUA